AUGUCUGAAACAGCAUCUGCAACAGUUGAAAAUGUUCAAAAGAACAUUAAACAAAAUCUCGAUCGCAUCAAAGAAGAUGCCCAAAAACUCGUCCGUAAUCUCAAAGAGAAGAAAACCAACCUCACAUCGGAUGAUCUGCGUGUUCUCUCAUUAGGCUUACUCGCUUUCUGGACUCUCUUGGCAUUACUCGUUCCAGGUAUUCUUCGUUUCUUGUUCGCAAGUUCACUCUCCAUCACUGCAUCCAACAGUUAUGAUGCCGUUCGGGUGGUUGAUGAAUUUGUUCGAUUGAGUGGAGCCUUCUCAUUGGCUUUGUUGGUUUUAAAUUAUAUGAGUGUUUCAUGGCCUACCGAUGCUCAGAAUGAUGUUUUGAGAGUCAUGACCCUCUUCAACGCUUUGGUCUUUGGAGUGAGUUUGAUUGGUUUGAUGAGUGGUGGUACAUUCCUUUAUGUGUUGGUUGCCGGAGUGAGUGGAGCUUUAACGUUCUUCUAUGCCAAGGCUGCUAAAUUGUUUUAA